CAAAACAACAGACGAACCGGAUUGCUGGGGUCCACGCACAAACACUCUCCGGAGUUGAGAAGUGUCUCCUGCUCCCUGGAGCUGAGUUGGGUUCCGAGAACUAGGCCAGAGAAGAGGAGAACACCAUGACUGACUACAAGACCAACUUGCGGCUGAAGCUGCCCAUAACCUGCAUCAUUCUGGAGGUUAUCCUCAUCAUCCUGUUUGCCACCCUGGUGCAGUAUGAUGAUGAUACCGAUGCCAAGCACUGGCACGAGAAUAUGGAAAAGCACAAUGAAUCCAACUACGAGAAUGAAUUCUACUUCCGCUACCCCAGCUUUCAGGACGUGCAUGUGAUGAUCUUCAUUGGCUUCGGCUUCCUGAUGACGUUCCUGCAGCGUUAUGGUUUCAGCAGCGUGGGAUUCAACUUCCUGAUUGCGGCCUUCUCCCUACAGUGGGCCACGCUGAUGCAGGGCUUCUUCCAUGGCAUGCAUGGGGGAAAGAUCCAUAUUGGUGUGGAGAGCAUGAUCAACGCAGAUUUCUGCACUGGUUCUGUUCUGAUCUCCUUCGGGGCAGUGCUGGGGAAGACCAGCCCUGUACAGCUGCUGUUGAUGGCCGUGUUUGAAGUGACUCUGUUUGCUGUCAAUGAGUUCAUCCUCCUCACUGCCCUAGGGGCAAGGGAUGCAGGCGGUUCCAUGACCAUCCACACAUUUGGGGCCUACUUUGGGCUGGUGGUAGCCCGUGUGCUCUACCGUCCCCAGCUGAGCAAGAGCCAACACAAAAACUGCUCCGUCUAUCACUCUGAUCUCUUCGCCAUGAUUGGUACAAUCUACCUGUGGAUGUUCUGGCCCAGCUUCAACUCGGCCAUCACAGAACAUGGUGACGACCAGCACCGCACUGCCAUGAACACCUACUACUCCCUGGCCGCCUGCACACUGGCCACCUACGCCUUCUCCUCCCUGGUCAGCCAUGAUGGCAAGCUGGAUAUGGUGCACAUCCAGAAUGCUGCUCUGGCAGGAGGUGUGGCAGUGGGCACAGCAGGUGAGAUGAUGCUGACUCCCUUUGGCUCCAUGAUUGUGGGCUUUCUGGCCGGGACCAUCUCCACCCUUGGUUUCAAGUACCUCUCGCCAAUCCUUGAGAGCAAGCUCCAUAUUCAGGACACCUGUGGUGUACACAACCUGCAUGGAAUGCCAGGGGUCCUGGGCGCCAUUGUGGGUGCAAUCACUGCUGCUCUGGCUACAGAGGAGGUCUAUGGAGAGGGGAUGAAGGAUGUGUUCCCAGAUGUCAGCUCCGGCGAUAUCACCGCUUCCUUCCAGGGAGUGCGUCAGGCCAUCUCCCUGGCUGUGACCCUGGGCAUUGCCCUGUUAGGGGGUCUGAUUGUAGGGUUCAUUCUAAGGCUGCCCAUCUAUGGCGCUCCACCGGACACCAACUGCUUUGAGGAUUCGAUCUACUGGGAGGUACCUGGGGAAGAGGGCACCCAUGAGGAGAUGACCACAGUGCAAGUGGAAGAUGUGGAGAAACCAAUCAAUGGCUGAAUUUCCUGCUCUAAUGGAAACAGUCAUUGAAGUAGCAGUCUCAUGCAAGUCUGCACUCAUGGACGCUAGCAUGGAUAGAGAAAAAAGAAACACACACACACGUGCGCACGCACACACACACACACACACACACACAAACUGUGAAACAUACAGUUUAUUUUUCAUUCUUAACCCUCACUCCCUAUAAGAAAGUGGUAUUGUUUAGUGCAAACCACAUACCAACUGUUUAUAAGAGCUACAUAGUGACCUUGUAUAUGUUAUCAGGUAUUUAUGCAGGGGUUACUACCCCAUGGAUCCAUAAACCUGCAUCAGAUCCUCCUCUGGACUAAUGUUCAUAUGGAUGUGAGGAACUUGCAUCUACCCAAGCAAUAACAUGCAAAGCACAAAGAUGAGGAGACAAUCAUCUAAUUCCACCGUGCUUUUCAGAGCAUAGCAUCAUCACCAUUGAAUGGGACCCCAACCAGCCUCAUCUGAUCAACAAAAAAACCCUCUGAGCCUCAGUCCAGCUGUUUUCCUUAAUGGUUCUAUACAGAUUUCAUUCUUUGUGUCUGCUCAGCUCAAGUAUUUGAUUGUACUCCUAAUUUGUCUUUUGAUAUCUUAAGAGAGAUGUACAAAAUCUCCAUUAUGUGUGUUUAUAUAGGAGUGAAAACUAUUUUAUCUGAAUUCCAUGCUGGUAGUUAGCUGGAUGUCACAAGAAAAUUCCUUGGUUAUAUAGCUUUCUUUUAUAUCUUGUUUGAUCUCAGUUAUACUUGGAUAUGACCCACAUUGUUUCAUUUUCAGCCUUACUGUUUAGAAUGGAAUUGUAAAUGCCUCCAUAACCGUUUGUUCGAUCAUUCACGUUAUACAAACCCCAAAUAUAACUGUGGAAUACAUUGUCAACUACAGCCACUAGAUGGCGAUGAUCAACCAUAUUAUAAAUUGUUCUUUGACACGGGAAUGAGAAUCUGAUAUUUUCACGUUUUAAAGGCAAUAUAGUUGAUUUUACUACCAGAAUUUCUGGUGAUAUUUCAAGUGUUACAGUGCAGCGGUUACAUGAAAAAAAAUGUUAACUCUGAUUUAAGAAAAAGUCAAUUUUAUUUAAACACACAGCAGUGUUAUUUAAAAAACCAAAGACAUUAGUCUUUCUUCGUUGGCACAGUGGUAAUAUAAUAUAUUUGAAUUAUAUGAUUUUUACAUUUUAAAGAGCGUUGGGUAGAAUAGCUCUUUUUAAUCACUAAUUACAGUAAUAUUCCACGUGGAAAAAGGCUGAUCAUUCAGUUAAGAUCAUAAGUCACAUUUAUCAUUUUAAAGGCCCUCUUGCAAUGCUGUCCUCUUCUGUCACUUUUUGAUAUUUCCUGUUUCCACUAACACUAUUAUUUAAAUGAUUCAAAAAGUAUCACUCACCAUUGUCAACACCGAGUUACUGUAAAGAUAAGUGAAAUGCCCCGUGAAUUCCAAUUCAAAUUUAUUUGGAAAUAAAUAGCUUUUUUUCAGAUUUGACAUUGUCAUUUUUGAUUUAGAUAUAUACAGAUGUUGCAGAGGUAAAAUGUGUCAUCUACCUGUGACAGCCUAGUUUUCUGGUGUAAUAGUUAUGGCAUGGCACAUGUCAAAUAAACCAGACGCUGCCGUGGUGGUGUACUACUACAGGCCAUAUACCUCAGAAACAUAAGAUAUGUACAUGGAUGUUCACAAGACAAAUAAAUAACAUGGCAAGCUCUGA